AUGUCGGACAGCACGGGCAAUAAGGGCGACCCGGCGGUCACUACGCCGGUUCCUCCCAUCGAACCUCUACAACCACUUGCUGUCCCCGGUUUAUCAUCGGAGUCCACAGAGGCCUUGAAUACUACUCCACGCCUGGACAGUACGAGUGAUGAGACUCAGGAAAUGAGUCUGACAGAUGGCAAAUCAGCAAAUGUCGCCAAAGCCCCCACAGCAACACAUGCCUCGCAGCAGAACCCCAGCGAUGCUCCGUCUGCCAGCGCAUCGGUUGGCGAUCACGGCGAACUGAAAGCUCCAGUAGCCGCUGGUGAGGCCUCCCCUCAGAACGUAAAGGAAGAGGACGACUCGGGACCACAUCUAGUCAUUACUUUAUUGUUGAUCACUGGCACCCGGCACCCGUUCAAGAUUGAUGCCAAAUAUCUCAAGAAGCAACAAGUCAAUGUUGAAAACCUGGAUCCUUUCGCCAUGAGCGUUUAUACACUGAAGGAACUGAUCUGGAGGGAAUGGCGACAAGAGUGGGAGACACGGCCGUCCUCGCCUAGUUCGAUUCGAUUGAUCUCCUUCGGAAAGCUCCUGGACGAUAAGUCCCCAUUAUCAGACUGCCGAUUCAACCGAGAUGCUCCUAAUGUGGUGCACAUGACCGUCAAGCCCCAAGAGAUUGUGGACGAAGACGAUGCCAAGGGAGCCAAGGCCCAAUACACCCGUGAACGCGAAUCCAGCGAGCGCAGCCCUGGUUGUCGCUGCAUUAUUCAAUGA